AUGUAACCUUUGCCCAGCAAGUGUCUUUAGUGUUUUCAGAGGGAGCUGAAGAGGAGGACAAAAACAGCAGUUUAAAGUCGGGUCCACCUGCGCUGUCAGAUAUUCUUUUUAAUACAGGUCCUCCCUCAGGACGCAGAGAUGGGCCAGUGGAGCUGCAGCCUCUUUGUGGUGUUUGUUCUUUGUGGAGCUUUUAUCAGAGAAGCACAUCAGGCUGCUAUAUCUGAGUUUGGGGGACACAAAGGCAGUCAGAGACAUCUCCUGGUGGAAGAGGAUGAUAACACCAACCAUAACAGUACGAUUCAAAGAGCAGCUGUUCCAGACAAUGAGAGCCCAAAGUCACUGGACUGGUCUUAUAUGGUUGCAGGUCUGGGCACAGUCCUCACCAUCUCACUCCUCAUCGUGAUGACUGUCAAGUUCCGCCUCUUCCAUCGCUUCUUGGCCAGCUACAGACACUCCCUGCUCCAAGAGACGGACGGGGUCAGCCAGUAUGGCCAUGAUGUGCUGCCCUUCCCUCACAGUGUGUCGGGCAGGAUGGGAGUGGCUGGAGGGACUCAAAGAGGGCUGGAUGACGAUGACGAUGGCUUCAUUGAGGAUAACUAUAUCGAAGCCAGUGAGAAGAACAGGGCAGAGAGAGAGGAAGAGGAGGAAGAGGAUGAGGAAGGGUUAGAAGACAGCGAUGAUGAUCUUCAGUUCACAAUAGGGUGAUCAAAUAAAGAGGGACUACAGCUAAAAUAAAA